AUGCUUCCUCCAUUCGACUAUUUCACUUAUCGUAGCAUACGGAACCGAAAACAAAGCGAGCGAGAUCGCCGCUUUACCAGUCUCUCGCAUCACUAUCACCUCCGCAUUGUCCCCAACGACCUGAAAAUCAUCAACCAGCCUAUUGAGGAGCUGGUGCAUGACAUUCAAGACUCGGUUGUUUCUCCGCUUGAUGUAUUGCGCACCUAUGGAAAGGUAGCCAAAAGAGCUCAGGACCGUACAAACUGUAUCACCGAGGUCCUGUUGCCCGAGGCCGAGUCAUGGCUGGAGUCGGAGAUUAACCUGAAGGGACCAUUGGCCGGUAUUCCAAUCUCCCUCAAGGAUUCUAUUCACGUCAAGGGUUUCGAUGCAACUGUCGGGUAUGCCUCCAUGGCUGACAAGCCGGUACUGGAAGAUGGACCUAUGGUGCAGUUGUUGAAAGAUGCUGGUGCCGUUCCAUACGUUAAGACCGCUCUGCCCAUCACGCUUUUGUCUUUCGAAUCUACUAGCGGGCUCUGGGGCCGAUGCAGUAACCCACAUGUCCCAGGAUACUCACCUGGUGGGUCAACUGGUGGAGAAUCAGCGUUGCUAGCUCAGGGUGGCCGCAUUGGUAUUGGAUCCGAUGUCGCGGGCUCGGUGCGCGUUCCUGCCGCCUGGAGUGGUAUCUAUUCUCUCCGCUGUAGCACUGGCCGCUGGCCCAAGGGGGGUGUGAGCACCAGCAUGCCUGGUCAGGAGGGAGUGCCCAGUGUCUUCAGCCCCAUGGCCCGUACCUUGAAUGAUCUGACCUACUUCACUCGUGCGGUUAUUCGCAUGGAACCUUGGAAGUAUGAACACACUGUUCACCCUAUCGCCUGGCGCAGCGAGCUUGAGGCCGAUGCCCAGAACAGGCCUCUUCGCGUUGGUCUGAUGACCUCUGAUGGUGUUGUGCCUCCAACUCCCGCCAUUGAACGUGCCAUCGCAACAACAGUAGCCGCCCUGAAAGAAGCCGGCCACACCGUCUCGGAGAUUACAACACCACCCAACGCAGACCCCUUCACCGGUCUGAACCUCGCCUCACAACUCCUCAAUGCAGACGGCUGCCAUCACUUCAAUUCCAAGCUCAAGACUCUGGAACCCUCCGACCCGGGUGCCAGUCAACUUUCCCGCAUCGCCCACCUUCCCCGCCCUGUCCGCUAUCUCUACUACCUUUACGUGCGCUACAUCCGUCGUGACAAGGUCACCGCCACCCUCAUCCGCGAUUUCGGACCGAAAUCCAGUGCCAAGCUGUGGGAUAUCACCGCUGAGCGCGAAGCCUUCCGCGCCGCCUGGCACAAGUGGUGGAAUGCCGAGCCCCAGCAGUACGACUUCAUCCUCUGCCCUGUCAACGCUACCCCGGCUCUACCGCACAAUGCUAUGCGCGAUGGUGUCUCCUCAUGCGGAUACACGUUCCUGUGGAACCUACUGGACUACUCCGCCGGUGUCGUCCCCGUCGGUCAUGUUGACCCCAUCCGCGACGCCCUCGUUGCGCCGUACAAGACUACACUCAAGCGUCUAGGCUGCAACCACAGCAUUGCCCGCGGUGCGUGGAAACACUACGACUCUGCCAAGAUGGCUGGUCUCCCCACGGCUGUGCAGGUCGUUGGUCGCCGCUGGCAGGAGGAGCAAGUCUUGGGAUACAUGGCUGUUGUGGAAAAGGCUCUGGAGCAGUACCGUGACCCGCAAACUGGUCAGAGCUGUCGGUACACCCUGCUGGAAAUUGAUUAG